UUUAAUUUGUCAUUUUCAACCGAAAGCAUACAAAAAAUACAAAAACUAGUAUAUAUACUUCUAAAGUCUUAGACAUAAUGGGUUCCACUACCAUAUCCACGAGGGCGAAGUCUCCGACACGAGCGGAGGCCAUCUCCAAAGCCCUAAGACCUGGACCAGUUUACAAUACCGGGGUUCUUCUAGGCAACUGGGUCGAAGACAGAAUAGAAUGUCCGAAGACGGGCACCCUCUAUUUUCCGCCUAAAGAGAAAAUAGACUACAAUAAGAUGAAACCGGAGUCGCGGCAGCCGGAUUUCAGAUUAAACAAAUUAAACAGUUUACAGGGCAAUGUGUGUUCAAUAAUCCGCCACGAUAGCCACGACGCGUGCGGCAAUUUCGCGACACUCAACGACCUGGUGUACAACCAUCUGCCGAAACCGUUGUGCGGGCCCGAAAUGCGCCAUUACAGAAGGAGCAAACACCAGUUCUACCCACAACCGGACCUCAUGCAGUGCUAUGGAAACGUAACAGAGUGGGGUCUAAUGAAGUUCAAGAAGCACGAAUGGGCGUGCACCGACGUGUCGGACUACAGCUCCAGUCUGUACGACGACACGUACGUGCCGCCCAUGCCGCACCAGUACCUGCAGCGCGACGAGAGGAAAGCGAGGGAUUCGAGCUUCACAAAAACUUUCAGAUUUAAAAUGACAAAAUCAAAAAAAUGAUAACAUCAAGAAUCAUUUUUAUCUUCACUCUUUGCAAAAUUUUACUAGUCUUUACAAUAUCACAUUUUGUUCGAGAAAGGACAGUGACGUCCCGUAUAAAAAUUUUAACAAUACAAUAAUUCUUAAUGCUUUCAUAUAGCCGUCACCAGGCUUCAACACGAGAUCAGCAGUAGUCUUACUCUAAGUUUAGUCUCAAACAUUACAACUAACAACCGCUUACGAAUACUAAAGAGGUAAUAAUAACUUAACGACGUCUUAAUUAUAAUGGCAGUUCAUCAAAGUUCCGACAGAAAAAGAAGCAAAAAAAAUAGCAAGAAAAAAAAUUAUGAAUACAAAAGA